AUGUCCCUCACUUUCGAAUGUAUCCCCCUCACAGUCGAAGGUGUUAGCCUCAACCUAUCAACGGUCCAUAGCCUCAACUCAACCCCACCAAUACUCUUCCUCCACGGCUUUGGCUCCAGCAAAGAAGAUCUCGCUGAUCUACCGAUCCAGCCAUCUUUAAAACACCAUGGCUUCAUUGCCUACGACGCCCCCGGCUGCGGCCAAUCAGUUAGCGACGACGUCUCCGCAACAGAUAUCCCGUUCCUCGUGGCGACCGCCGAGGCCUUACUCGCGCGCUUCAACAUCGACAAAUUCCAUCUGAUAGGCCACUCAAUGGGUGGUUUGACAGCGCUCCUCCUCGCAAACCAGAAUCCAGACCGUGUCCUCAGUUUUGUGGAUAUCAAAGGCAAUCUCGCACCAGAGGAUUGCUUCCUCAGCCGCCAGAUCUUCAUGUUCCCAGCCGAUGACGAAGAGGCAUUCAUGGAUGCAUUCGUUGAGCGCACGCGCACGUCGGGAUCAUUUGCUAAUGCUAUGUAUGCCAGCACCCUGCGCGUCCGAGUCCGGGCUGGUGCGGUUCGGCCUAUUUUUGAGUCUAUGGUGCAGUUAACUGAUCAUGGGGACUUGAUGGAUAAGUUUCUGGCAUUGCCGUGUCCGCGCAUGUUUAUGUUUGGAGAGGAGAUGCGUGGCUUGUCGUAUCUGCCGUUGUUGGAGAAGGAAGGUGUUGAAUUGGCCGAUAUUGUGGGCGCGGGACAUUUCCCUAUGUAUUCUAACCCUAUAGAGAUGUAUCGUCGCAUUUCGGGGUUCUUGGAUCGAUGCGAAUGA